AAACUCUCUCAUUUAUGUUUGCAUAAUCUCAUUUGUACCGAAUUCUAUUCAAUUCAUUAGAAUUCCUACUUUGAGAAUUGAUUCUAUCGGUUUCGUCCCUAGAAUCUAUUUAUCCAUUACAAUUGGUAUCUAGAGCCUUCGAUUUGGUGCGCGCAUCAUGACUGCCAAACACAAAUUGGUGAAAGUUUUGAAUGCACUUGAUGUGGAAGACAAGAUGGAAAUGGGUUUAUGUUUCAUAUGUGAUAAACCUUUUAAUUUUGAACAUCAAUUGUGGCAUCAUAAAAAUAUUCAGAUAGUAAUGAUGGAUGAAGAAGAAGUUGAAAAAGAAUGUGAAAGUUUCACGCAGCAACAGAUUGAUUUCAGUAAAUUUGAUGGCAUGGUACACAAAGAUGAAGCUCCUGAAUUGAAGCUUGACUGCCACACUGCAACCCCAACCAUACUUCUUCCAAAACCAUAAGGUAUAGACACAUUCAAUCACAACACAAAUGUUCAUGAACGAGAGCAAAUUCAGAAAACGCCCAGUUCAACCACAACAAUUCCACCAAAAUCUCCAUCCCUCACAAAUUCAAUUCCAGAAUUCUCUAAUUCGAUGUUGUCUGACAAGGACGACAAAAAGAAGACACAUGUUGAACAAGAAGUAGUCGGAGAUUCAAAUUUCGAGACCAACGUGGAGAUGAAGAAUAUUGAACACAACUCCUCUUUCUUAAAUGGUCGUAAUAUUGUUCUGACGCAGUCACUCAAGGAGGGUUUCACUGCAAACCCAAGUAUUGAUGCCUCUAGUUUGCUACAACCUACCCUCCAAGUGUUUGAUCAAAUGCCCAUAAAGAGGUUGAAACCCACAUCGCAGAACCAACAACAAGCAAAUAAAACAGCAUCUGUUCAAGUUAUGGUGCGACGGCUAAAAGAUGUCAACAGAUAUAAAUAUUUCGAUCCUGGUGGAGCGAUAGUUCCGAAGUCUAAUGCACAUGGUUUUUGUUGGAUUCAAUCACAAAAAGCUACAGCAACAGUUGAGUCACCAACGGUAGAGCAGCCUACUGGACCAGCUUCGGGAUGGCCAUGGGUACCGAGGAUUAUCAGUUUCCAAAAUAGAUUUAUGGUUGUCAAUGAAAUGUGUCAAAGGGAAGUGCAAUCGUUUCUUCUGGAGAUGAAAGGUUUGUCAUUCACAAUUCUCUUUUCAUUCUCUUGUUGUCGGAAACUGAGAGAUUCAAGUGAACAAAUUUAUUCACUCCUUGUGGAUGAAGGUAACAUCACGUUAACCCUGCUAAUGGAAGCAAUACAUGUAGUUGACUUGCUUUUUCUACUCUUGUUGCAAAAAUGUAGCAUAGUCUGUUUCUACUUCCCAUUUAUGUUCUAUGUUUCUAGUGUUGAGUGCCUAAUAGUUGAUGAUGGGAGUUUGACUAGCCAAGAUUUAACCAAUAGACUACAUACUUUCAAUCUAGUUUUUACUGCCAGGGACAUAUUGGUUUUGGAAGACUCUAAUAAAACUCAUGGUGCCAUCAUAGUUGAGAUAGCUCUACUGAAUUGUGUUUCCUUGGCUUCUUAUUUUGCUCUGAUGAGUUGCAAAAUUGAGUAUUCUAAUCUUGCUGAAAUAGAAUUGGUGUAUGUCUUGAUUUCUUUGGACAUUGUUUGGAAGAUGAUGAACAACUCAAUUCAUGGAAAUGUGUUCAAAUUAACAUCUGGAGUUUACCUUUUAGCUAUAAAGUGUUAUGUAAGCAUGAGGUGUAGUUCUAAAAUUGGUUUUGUAAAGGUUGGAGAGUUGGUUGCAUUUGUUCUUGGUUUAUUGGUAAACCACAUAUUGAACUUACAUGUGAUUAAUCAGAUAACAAGCUUCUAACAAUGCUCUGUUCUUAAUGUAUGCUGUUGCAUCUUGCUCUGAAGCUAUUCACAACACCUAUAUUUGUGGUUGCUGCACACUAUUCACCAAGGCGGUCUCAGCUAGUUUUUUACGGGUUUACUUGUGUGGCUAUUUUUCACAAAAAGAUGAUCAACUGGGGGAAUGUUCGAGAUGCUAAAAUUCUAAUCAAAUGGAAAGAUUUGCCUCGUAAACAUGGCACUUGUGAUUGUUCAUCCUUGAGGACAAGGAUGUUUGAAGGGGAGGGUAUUGUAACAGGAAAUAAUAUUAGAUUAAUAGUUUAUUUUAAAUAAUAGUUUAUUCUAUGUCAUUUUACAUUUUUAUCCUUUAGGGUUGUAUUUGUAUUUAAAG